AUGAUCGUCUAUGGAAAAGCUUGUCAUCUUCCCGUAGAGCUAGAACACCGAGUACUUUGGGCUUUAAAAACCGUUAACCUUGAUAUGAUCGAAGACGCUAGAAAACGUUUCUUUCAAAUCCAUGAGCUUGAGGAGCUUAGGGAUGCGGCUUAUGCUCGAUCUUUGGGCAUGAAGGAGAAAACAAAAGCUCUACAUGAUCGCAAGUUAAGAAAGAUCAAGGAAUUUAGCAAGGGUGAUAGAGUGCUUCUCUACAAUUCAAGAUUCAAAUUGUUUGCGAGGAAGUUGAAGUCGAAGUGGUCGGGACCGUAUAUGGUUCAUUACGUGUUUCCGUACAGAGCGGUUGAGUUUAUGGAUGAGUCCGAUGGCCGGAGUUGGAAGGUAAACGGACACCGUUUGAAGCACUAUAUUGGAGGAGCAAUAGAUAAGAACGAGAUGGAGGAAACUCCUCUCGAAAUUUCACCAAAAGCCGCCAAUUAG